GGCACGGGCAUUCCCAAAUCAGCCGUCAUUGGUGAAGGUUUUGCUUCGUUUCGAAGUGCGUGCCGCCCCGUUUGAGCGAUUGUUCCAUCAGGGAUCCAAAGUGUUAUUGUGACUAAGGUUACCGAUAUUUGUAGCGUUGCGAUUAAAGUCAAAGAACAUUAAUGAACUAAAUAAAUAAAAAAAACCGGAAAAGGGUUUUUUUGGAAACUGCCGAGAGCUAUUUUGCUUUCGCUAGCCAGUGCUAACCUCGCAACAAGCAAACACACACACAUCCACACACGUGUGCGUUAUAUAGCCCGGUGUGCGUGACUUCGGGGUUUUUGUAAGUUUGGUGUUAAGCGCGUAUGUGAUGUGGUGCCGGCUUUUUACACGGCGUCAACGUUGGUGAAGAAGAAGAACCGGAUUUUUGUUGUGUGUGUUCGCUUACCGGAAAUUAGUCGCGUCGUGAAAAGCGUGCGUUUUGCCGUUGGUUAAUGGUAAUUUACGAAUUGUUUUCCAACCAAAGCAAAAAGGGACCCGCAACGACAAGCAUCAAAACAUCUGCCCAUUACACUUGUCGGUACGGGUUGUGCGUGUGUGCGUAAAGGCAAACGAGUCGCCCGUACGUCGGUUAAACAGUGUUUCUCGGCGGUGUCCACGGCGUAUCUACAGGAACCACGUUUUUCUACCGCGGUCAGGUUUUCGAUUAUCGGUGAAAAUAUCGUUUGCCCACGCAUGGUAGUGUUCGUGGGUCGCCAGCCAGGGCUUCUACUACGCAGUUGGAAGUUGUACCACACGAGCACACACAUAAGCAAAGUCCCGUGCCAGAAAAGCGGUGUGCUUAUAUAGAUGGUGGUGGUAGUAGUGCCGGUACCAUCCGGUUCUUCGUUUCGGUGCCCGCUGUGAGUUGUUUUUGUCGGUCCGCGGUCUGCAGUUGUUCACGGUGAGCCUCGGGUUCGCACAAAUAUCACACAUCACGAUCAACAGCGCGCAAGUGGAAAGAGACAGCAGAAAGCAAAACUUCAUCCCUAGCGAGUGAGCGUGCUGUAGCAGAAGACGAAGUAGAAGAAGCAGCAGCAGCAACAGAAAGGGCACACACGCAGCCGUUUCGCUGAACCCAUCAACCAGCAGCAUUUGUCCACACACAAAACGCGCACACAACACAACCUUCUCUCAACUCGACCGAGCAGACAUUUUGUGUUGAGAAAAAAAAGCAAAACAAAAAAACCGGAGAGAAAAGAACGAAGAAACGGCAAUAGAGUACUGCUGCAGCAGCAUCAACUCAGUAAGGCGUGUUUGGGCAAGUAAUCUAUUCCCCAAAGUAGUGCUACGCUUUGAUUGCAAAGCAGGAAAGGACAUGGAUCUGGCAAGCGAGAGUGUGAUGUUUUCGGUGAACGGGAAACCGAACGGUGUAGACGAUCCCGUCCGCAAUGGGACCGCUUCCGGUGGUGAAGGUGGUGGCAGCAGUGGACCCGGUUCACCGCACAGCGGCGAAGGACCGUCCACUGGCAAGGGUGGUGCCGAUGGGGGCGAUGAGCUGAUGAAGAAACCGGCCGGACUGUUGGACGACAAGCUGAAAAAGCGCAUCCGCAAGCUGUCCCGGUCGAACAGUAAGGACGGUGUGCUGGGAGUGGCCGGUACGCCGAACUUUGUGGCACCCCACCGAAAGUGGAAAAACAGUCGCCGAUCGCGCAACGGGUAUGGGCGCGGGCUGCCGAAGAAGGGUGGAGCCGGGCGGAAGGGUGUGUGGGGCAAGCCCGGUUCGGAGGUGUACGACGAGCUGGACGAAGACCCGAACGAUCCGAACUUCGACAUCGACGCGUACAACAGCAUGCACAACGUGGAGCUGAAGGAGAUUGUGCCACAGAUGACCGAGGCGGAGGUCGUGAAGAAGCUGGAAGCGAUCAUACUGGAGUAUUUUGAGCACGGUGAUACGCACGAAGUGGCGGACGCGUUGGAUGAUCUGCUGCAGCCCGGGAUGAAGCCGCUCGUCACCAAAACGGUGGUCGCUGUUGCGUUCGACCACAAGCAGUCACAGCGCGAGCUAACGUCGGUACUGAUAUCCGACCUGUACGGGCGCAUUGUAACGCGCGAAGACAUCUGUGCUGGUUUCGAUUUGCUGCUCGCAAAUCUGCCCGAUAUUAUGCUCGACACGCCAGAUGCACCGCAUCUGCUCGGCAACUUCAUUGCCCGGGCGGUGGCGGACGAUUGCAUUCCGCCGAAGUACGCGUACCAGUCGGACCGGGAAGAUUUGGACCAGCACGGACAGGCGGCCCUGGUCCGGGCGACCACCCUGCUGUCGAUGCACGACGGUUGGGGCCAGCUGGACAAUGUGUGGGGCGUCGGUGGUGCGCUGCGUCCGGUGCAGACCAUCACCCAGCAGAUGUCGUACCUGCUGCAGGAGUACCUGCUUUCACGCGAUCUCAGCGAAGCCCAGCGCUCCAUCAAGGAGCUGGAGGUGCCGCAUUUCCAUCACGAACUGAUUUACGAGGCAAUCAUAAUGACACUGGAGGCGUUAAACGAGUCCACCGAGGUGGCCAUUUGCGAGCUGUUCCGAACGCUCGACAGUACCUGUAUCGUGACGCCGGAGCAGAUGGAGCAAGGGUUCCGGCGCGUGUACGAGGACAUGACCGACAUUGUGCUCGACAUCCCGCUCGCCUACUCGAUCCUGGAUCGGUUCAUACAGCGCUGCCAGCGCACCGGCUCGUUCCUGAGCGAAGCGCUCGUCAAAGAUAUUCCCACCCGGGGCCGCAAACGCUUUGUGUCUGAGGGUGACGGUGGCAUGAUCAAGCAGGUCAAUUUCCGCCAUGAUUUCUAGAUUCGUUUUGCCCUCCCGCCCCAUCAUCAUCGUCAUCCCGGUCUCUCACUCAGCCAAUAACAACACUCAGCAAACGAACCCCCUGCACACGGGACAAAAAAAAUGAAAGGAAUGACGGCGUAAGAGAGUGAAAGUACGUGUGUGUGUGGGGGGCCCUAAAUUGCAGGAGAUGACCAUCAGAUGCAGUGGAUAGGAGGAACGGCAUCAGCAUCGAGUAGAAAUGUAGAAGCGCAGGACAAAACACCGCCGCAUUACUAAUCCAUACUAAAAUUGUGAGUCUAAAAGUCAACAUCCCUCAGAAGGGAGUAACAUUUGUUUUUUUUUCUCCUUCGAUUGCCUUAUUUUGUACCAAAAACUGCAUCUCGUCUUGCGGCAUCAAUUGAUGAAAUUUAAUCACAAAAUUUGAACCUACUACUACUACUACUACUACUACUACUACUACUGUGUAUUGUGUAUCGCUAAACACUCGAUUGGUGUACGUGAUGCUAGAGCGCAGAGCAGAGGGUUAUAAAUGUUGAGCGCGAUUUGAAAAAAGGGCCCACCAUAAUUUCAGUUUCGAAAACAAAUACAACAUAUGAAAAGCGGAAACCCCCAGUGUGGACGACACAGGAGAAGGGUGAGAUUUUUUUUCCAGUGAGGGAUACAUCUUAAAACUCCAUCUUGUUGCCCGCGUAGCCCGUCUUUUUCGUGUGGCGAAAGACCUGGUCAAAUGGUGGCGGACCAUCUUAAGAAGCGAAAGCAACAAAAAAAAAAUCAUAUUAGUGUAAAAUUAAACGCGUAGCAGCCAGAUAAUGGUGGGGGGGGAGAAAAUAAAUCCUCCAAUUCAUUUGCAUUUCGAUCGUUGUCUCGUGAAAAAGGUAGUUGGUUGUGUUUUUUUGUUUGGCGGUUUGUAAAUGAUAAAAAAACGGAGCAUUCAUUUAACUCUUGCUUUUUUGUUUUAGAAAAUUAGUCAUGUGUUCCUUUUUUUUUAACCGUCAGGAUGUUAGGAAGACCGAGUAGUGUUACGAAACCAGUUAUAAGAGAAGGCCCCUGCAAUUGCAUACACUACAAACGAACAUCGUCCUUCACGACCAUGGUUUUUUUGAGAGGAGAGAUUUCCAAUACAUACUUACAUACACUUUUGAUGAUUGUAUAUCGUUCGAUUUAUUACACGAAAAGCCAUAUUGUGUGUGUGUGUAAGACGAAAGUUCAAUUUAUACAACCAUUUCCUUCCCCUCGUUUUUGCAUUAACAAGUCUUAGCCAUAUCGUGUGGUCUCCAUGAAUUAAUAACCCGGUGCGAGAGGUCCAUAUUGCCAUUGGCAAAAAUGCGGCUUUCGUUUACAUAAUUUUUUAAAUAAUUUUUUUCUUAACAAAAUUCUUUUUUUCCGUUUACUAUUUUAAAAUAUUGAUGAGUAGAAGGAAAGGUCACCGACAUCAGGAGUGUGACGAUAAGGAGAGAGUGAGAGGUAAAAGGUAAAGAAGGGACAUUUGCUGCCCCAUCACCGAUAAGUAGAGAAGAUUGCGAAUCAACGAGCUACUAAUACUAAACGUCAAUACGUUCCUAGCGGAUCUCCCCAAUACUGCUAAAUACUAAAAGAAAAGAAAGGAAAAAAGCUUUUUUGCUCACGUAUUCACGCAUCAGGAAUCAGAUGAGGAUCAGAAUUAAAAAAAAUAAUAUUUUCAUCAAAAUUUCCAAAACGAAAAACAGAAGAAAUUAUAGAAGUAUAUAUUAAUGUUUUUGGAAGAUGAUCGUGUACUAAAAAAAAAGAAAAGUGAAAUUUGCGCGUUCUAAAGAUAUCAAAUAAAUCUGUUGGUUUGGAGAGUGAUAAAGCUACAUUUGCAGUUCGUAAACUCUUUAAAGAAAGCGCUAAGUAAAGCAAGGAUAGCUGUAUUGGAAAUUGGUGUGAAUGUGAAUUUGGAGGUACAACAUUUGAAGCAUCAUUAAAAUGGAGCAGAGGCAGACCGUUCUUUCUAUGGCAAAGCACCUAUAUUACGUGCAACCGUGCAAGCAUGCCUAUGUAAGCACGGCCUAUCGAAUGAUCCGGCUAGCUUGGGUAUUAAUGGUGAAAGCGUGGACAAGGAGAAGGAGCGGAGACGAGGCUAGGUGUUGAUUGUCUUAAAGAAAACCAGUGAAAGGCUUGGGUAGAAUUUUGUUUUCGCAAUCCUAUUCCUCCAUUCUCUUCUACAUCGCAUUAUAUCUUCAUUCAGUAAUGGUGGCCGCCGCAUGAUGGCAAAAGCAAGCAAAUGGAAAACAGGAAUGGAGAACGCAAAGGCAUAUACUAUUAACAUUUACAAACAACAAAACCACACACAUACACAUACAUACAAAAACCAACAAACAACUAUUAAGUAUGGAUACGAAAGGUUAGAUAAAGGGAACGUUUCCCUUUUACUCUAGACAGUAAGCAAGCAAAACUGAAAUAAAGUAAAAAAAAUGAAAAAAAAA